AUGGGGCGCCAAGCUCCAGCUCGGCUCGUUGCUGCCGAAAGCGUGAGCUCCUUGCAAAUGGGCACGAUGCGUCGUAUCCUGCCAGCAUCAUCGUCCUCUUCAAUCGCAGCAUCCAGAAUGCCCUCGUCGGUGCCAGUCAAGCCUCACACUGCGCAGCUUCGACCGAGGAUGCCAAUCGAAGCCAAUCCGACCACCACAAGUCUCGAGACCGACAAGGUCAAGACGGAGGCAUUAUCACCCGUCACGGCGGCAACGACAUCUGCCAGCGCAGGUAAGACCUCGACAGGAAACGGCUUCACACCCAUGGAACUAGUCGAGGACGAAGCCGAAGCGGACCCGGACCCGGACAGCGAAGUGAUGGCACACGAAGGAGGAUGGCAAGGGUGGAGAGUGGUCGUGUGCGCAGCCGCAUACUUCUUCUUCACGCUGGGCAUGGUCUACUCGUUCGGUAUCAUCUCAGAAGCGCUCGUAUCCGCCGGUGCUGCCGAUGCAGGGACACUAGGCUGGGUCUCGUCGCUCACCAUCGUGCCCAUGCCCAUCUUCUCGGUUCCCUUUACGAAAGCCGUCUCACGCUUCGGCAAUCGCGCUGUCGCUGCUGCCGGUGCUAUCUGCGUCUCUGUCGGCUAUGCGUGCUUCUCGAUCUGUUGGAUACCCACGAGUCAUCCGAAGCUGCCACUCGGCGAAGGCGUGCACGAAGGCUUGGAGUUGCGGAUGGCACGCAUGGUGGUGUUUGCCUUCAUGGUGGGCGUCGGGUACGGUUUGGUCUUCUUCUCAACAAGUCAGAUCGCUGUUGGCUACUUCAAGAGCAAGAGGGGGCUGGUGAUCGGCAUCGUAUAUAGCGCAAGCGGCUUCGGUGGAGCUGCUUGCGCAAUGCUGUUGAGGGUGCUGGCGAACAAGGUGGGACUUGCAUGGUCCGUUCGGAUCCUGGGCAUCACCUCGGGACUUGUGCUUCUUCCAUCAGCAUACUGGCUGGUUCCGCAUCAAGUCGAACGAAGCAAAAGAUGCGUUGAAGCCUUUCGCCUCUCGCUCUUUCUCGAUGCGCGCUUCAAUCUACUGUUGGUGGCAACGGCGCUCGGUACCUUUCCGCUGUUCGUUCCACCAUUCUUGCUGCCAACGUACGCAAAGUCGGCAGGGUUCAGUCCGAAUACGGGCGCAUGGCUCGUCGCAGGCUACAGUCUGGCUUCGGCCGUUGGACGAGUCGCGUUCGGUAUGGUCGCUGAUACCAGAGUUGGGCCGGUGACCAGCCUCAUGCUUGCGCUGACGCUGGCGAGUGCCAGCAUCUUGGCCAUCUGGACCGUAUCGAACAGCUUAGCGACGCUGGCUUUGGCUAUGGUUCUCAACGGAGGCAGUUCUGGCGCUCUGCUAUCGCUUCAACCUCCCGUCAAUGCUGCUAUCUUUGGUGUCCACCAGACGGCGCUAACCAUGUCGAUGAUGAUGUGCUCGCGAGCAUUCGGCUCGCUUUUAGGUGGACCUCUGGCUGGCUACCUCUUGGACGCAUUCGGAGGACCUCGUGCGGGCACCCAAGCUUUCCGACCAGCCUUGCUCGUGAUGGGCAGCAUCUGCCUCGUCUCUGCGAUCAGCGUCGUCUUUCUCCGUUCCAAAGUUGCAAGUCGUCGCAAUGUCACCUGGCGAGCUCGUAUCUGA